GUUUGCGUUGUCCUGCCGGGCCCGGUUGUCUUCGGUCGAGCUAGCUCACCAGGCCGUCCAGAGAUGGUCUCGCGUGGUUGUUUAGGGCCCACCCCCGGGACUCACAUUCCUCAUUUAUCCGGCAACUUGGUUUUCCUCUUCCUUGGACGUCUUCAGUGCGUUGCCCUAGCCGCUACGGCACUCACUGGUCUGUUGGUGUCCGGCAACCACUUCAGCCCGAAACCCAAGAUCCAGGUGCAGUGGCUGUCUCAGUGGGCUGGGCUCCCGUCCUGUAACCAGGAAAGGAGGAUGCCGACAACAGGGAGGUCGGAAGCCGAAAAGCUCGCGUGGUCUGUCGACUGCCACCCUCCCAUCCCGGGUGGAUCGUCUCGCGACAGAUUCAUGCAUUUAUUGGGUUCGAGUGCGUCGGCCCUAACCAGAUGCGUAGAAGCGCUGUCUCUUAGAACACCCCAAUCUUGCCUGGUACGGACUGUCUGAGUUAUUUUUCUUGGAGUAAUGGCCUGGCAUGCGCAGUUUGGGUUUGGAUCAUGAGAGCCAGGCCAUGUGUGAAAUCUGCAACCCCAGGCGAAUGCAACCUCCCCCGGGGAAAUUGACGCGGGGCCCCCUUUUAUAAGAGACAGCUCCCCACCCUCGUGCUUUCCCUUCCUCUUUUCUCUUCGUUGGAUUUGUUUCGGCCUUUGAGAGAUAGUGAACGGGCAUUGCGGUCGUACUUGGUGGAAGUUCU